AUGUGGUGGCUACUGAGAACAGUGUACCUUAUCUAUAUAUUUGGAAGUAUACUUUGUUUAUUCAAGCCAAAACCCAGAAAUCCUGAAGCCAAUAUGAAUGUUAGUGAGAUAAUUUCUUACUGGGGUUAUGCCUACGAAGAGCAUGAGGUGGUGACUGAAGAUGGUUACAUCCUCCCUAUUUUCAGAAUUCCCCAUGGAAAGAACAAGUCUAACAAUUUAGUUCCAAAGCCCGUAGUAUAUUUACAGCAUGGGUGGGCUCUGUGUGCUUCUUCCUGGAUUCUCAACCCUCCCAGUGGAAGCCUGGGCUUCCUUCUGGCAGAUGCUGGAUUCGAUGUGUGGCUGGGGAACAGCAGAGGCAAUAUCUACGCCAGGAAACAUGUGCGCCUAGACCCACAUUCCAGAGAAUUCUGGGCUUUUAGUUAUGAUCAACACAUAAAAUACGAUCUUCCUGCCACCAUUGACUUCAUUGUGAACAAAACAGGACAGAAACAAGUUUACUACGUUGGCCAUUCCCAGGGUGCCCUUAUAGCUUUUGGAGCGUUUGCAACAAAUCCACAAUUAGCUCAGAAGAUCAAAAUGAAUUUUUCACUGGGUCCAAUUGCAACUGUAAAAUACAUGUCAGGACUCAUCCGCAUGAUCGUAUUGCUGGAACCCACUAUCACCAAGCUUAUCUUUGGUGAAAAAGACAUAUUUUCCAAUGCAGAUGCUAAACACUUUGUGCAAUGUUUAUGCCAUCGUGAGACAAUUGGAACAAUUUGUAAUAAUAUACUUACUUUGCUAUUUGGACAUGACCCCCAAAAUUUAAAUGAGAGUCGUCUUGAUGUGUAUGCAGGACAGGCUCCUGCAGGAGCUUCAAUUCAAACCACCCUUCAUUAUUCUCAGGCAAUUAGAACAGGAGUAUUCCAAGCUUAUGACUGGGGAAGUUCAGCUCUGAAUAUGCUGCACUACAGUCAGCCCACACCUCCUUUAUAUAAGGUAGAGGACAUGAAGGUUCCAACUGCCAUGUGGAGUGGUGGACAAGACUGUCUGGCAGAUCCAUUGGACGUUAAAAACUUGGAAGCUAAUAUCUCCAAUCUAGUGUAUCACAGGAAGAUUUCUGGCUAUAAUCAUAUAGAUUUUUUGAUUGGCUUAAAUGCUCCCAGUAAAGUGUUCAAUGAAAUUGUUAGAUUCAUCACUGAAGACCAAUCAGGUUAA